AUGAAGGCUUUCAUUUCAAUGUUGACUCUUUUUUUGGUCACCUAUCUUCCAGCCAUUGACGCCUGCCGUCAAAAGAGAAUUGAGUUCAUAAAAGCGAAGCCUUGCGCGGAAGAUUACGAACUCAUUGAGAAACAAUGCCUCAAUAUAACAACGGAACUGCGCAAGUAUGGUGAAAGUAUUGGGAGAGUCUAUGGUUCCACUAUCGAGUAUACGCCCGCUUGCCAAGAUUGUCAGGGAGCAAACACAACUUCUUGUAGUUGUACCAUCACGGCAUGGCGGUUCAGAGAAUGGAUGCACGAGCCCCCAAUCGAUCGACGACCAAAAUUGACAAAUGGUUGGGACUAUGUUGACAAGAACAAUGGCCAACGCGGCUGGGUCGACCUUGUAGGUACUCGCUCAGGAUAUCUUCAUUAA